AUGAUGGAAUACGACAAUCUCUUGAGAAGAACAUCAGCAUCAGUGUGUGGAGUCAGCCCUCUCAUUUACGGAACGACGAAAUUUGGCAACCCUAUUAUUGCUUGGGGCAAUUACCGGUUUAUUAAAAAACUAACUCGGCGAGUGAAAACCUGGUGGGAAUGCACUGCUAGGAAAAGCAGUGGCUGUCGUUGUGUAGCUGUCACUGUCAACAACCGACUCAUGAAGUUGAAUGGAUGGCACAAUCAUUAA